AUGUCCGGCAGGCGCGACUUUUUGAGCCAACCGGCUCCCGAAAAUUACGUUGCCGGUCUUGGUAGAGGUGCCACCGGUUUCACGACGCGAUCGGAUCUUGGUCCUGCGCGCGAAGGACCAACCGAGGACCAAAUCAAGGAAGCUGUCGCCAAGCGUGCAGCACAACUCGGCCUAGGCACCGAAGGAAAGAAGGCAGAGGAAAAUGACGACGAUGAUCGGUUCAAAGACCCCGAUAACGAAGUUGGCCUGUUUGCCGGUGGCGUGUACGACAAAGAUGACGAGGAGGCCGACAGGAUAUGGCAAGAGGUUGACGAGAAAAUGGCGAGAAGGAGACAGAAACAACGAGAAGCACGGGAAAAGGCCGAGCAAGACGAGUACGAACGGAAGAACCCCAAGAUUCAACAGCAAUUCGCGGAUCUCAAGAGAGCGUUGUCGACGGUCACGGACGACGAGUGGGCAAACCUCCCUGAAGUUGGAGAUUUGACAGGCAAAAACCGGAGAAGCAAGCAGACCUUGCGCCAGCGCUUCUACGCGGUUCCCGACAGCGUCAUCGCUGCGGCAAGGGACUCAUCGGAACUGGGCACCACCGUUGCGGAUGACGGAGCUGCAUCAAGCUCCGAACAAGCGGACGGCACGAUGACGAACUUUGCCAAAAUUGGUGCCGCAAGAGACAAGGUUCUCAAGUCCAGGCUCGAGCAAGCGUCCCAGGACGGAACUGAAUCGUCAGUUGCCGGCAGCGCAUCGAGUAUCGACCCCAAGGGCUACAUCACCAGCUUGAACAAAAGCGUCCUUAACGAAUCCCAAGCUCAGGUCGGUGACAUCAACCGUGUACGCGAGCUGUUGACAUCAGUCAUCAAAACGAACCCGAAUAAUGCGCCUGGUUGGAUUGCGGCAGCACGCCUGGAGGAACUGGCGGGCAAGACAGUCGCUGCACGCAAUGUAAUAGCGCGCGGAUGUACACAUUGCCCCAAGAGCGAGGACGUCUGGUUGGAGAACAUCCGACUUAACGAUGGUAAAAAUGCUAAGAUUAUUGCUGCCGACGCGAUCAAGAAGAACGACCGAUCUGUUCGUCUCUGGGUAGAGGCCAUGAGACUGGAGAAUGAGCCCAGAGCGAAAAAGAAAGUUAUUAGGCUCGCUCUAGAUCAUAUUCCCGAAUCAGAGGCACUCUGGAAGGAAGCGGUCAACCUCGAAGAAGAUCCGGAAGAUGCCCGGUUGCUGCUGGCCAAAGCAACAGAGCUUAUACCCCUAUCCGUUGAUCUGUGGUUGGCCUUGGCAAGACUGGAGAGCCCCGAAAACGCCCAAAAGGUACUCAACAAAGCACGAAAAGCAGUGCCCACGUCCCACGAGAUCUGGAUUGCCGCUGCUCGAUUGCAGGAGCAACUCGGCCAGGGUACUAAGGUGAACGUCAUGAAGCGUGCCAUUGCAGUUCUGGUCAAGGAGUCUGCUAUGCCCAAGCGCGAGGAAUGGAUUGCCGAGGCGGAGAAGUGCGAGGAGGACGGCGCCGUCAUCACGUGCGGAAAUAUCAUCAGGGAGACACUCGGUUACGGUCUUGACGAAGACGACGACCGCAAGGACACUUGGACGGAGGACGCAAAGGGCAGCAUCAAUCGCGGCAUGUACGAGACGGCUCGCGCCAUCUACUCCUAUGCGCUGCGUGUUUUCGUCAACAGCAGGACGUUAUGGAUGGCUGCCGCCGACUUGGAAAGAAACCACGGAACGAGAGAGUCGCUGGCCCAGGUCUUGGAGAAGGCUGUCGAGGCCUGCCCCAAGAGCGAGGUGCUGUGGAUGAUGUUGGCCAAAGAGAAGUGGCAAGCUGGUGAGGUUGACAAUGCCAGAUUGGUGCUCGCCAGGGCCUUCAAGUCAAACCCGGAUAACGAAGAUAUUUGGCUCGCUGCCGUCAAACUCGAAGCCGAGAAUGGAGAGACCGAGCGCGCUCGCAAGCUGCUGGAGGAAGCUCGAGACCAGGCCCCCACAGAUCGCGUGUGGAUGAAAAGUGUGGUGUUCGAAAGAGUACUGAGCAACAGCGAUGCAGCGUUGGAUCUCGUACAACGGGCGUUGCAGUACUUCCCAGCAACAGCAAAGUUAUGGAUGCUCAAAGGUCAAAUCUACGAAGACCUCGGAAAGGUCGGCCAGGCACGCGAGGCCUACAGCACGGGGGUCAAGGCGGUGCCCAAGUCUAUUUCCCUAUGGCUCCUUUACUCCCGACUGGAAGAGAAGGCUGGACUUGUUGUCAAGGCUCGAAGUGUUCUUGACCGAGCCCGACUUGCCAUUCCCAAGUCGUCCGAGUUGUGGUGCGAGUCCGUUCGCAUCGAAAGGCGGGCAGGCAACGUCAAUCAGGCGAAGUCUCUCAUGGCCAAGGCACUCCAAGAGGUGCCGAAGAGCGGACUUCUGUGGAGCGAGCAGAUCUGGCACCUGGAGCCACGGACUCAGCGCAAGCCGCGGUCACUGGAGGCUAUCAAGAAGGUGGACAAUGACCCUAUCCUCUUCGUAGCCGUGGCCCGAAUCUUCUGGGGCGAACGCAAGCUCGAGAAGGCACAGAAUUGGUUCGAAAAGGCGCUGGUGCUGGACAGCGACAAUGGCGACACUUGGGCUUGGUAUUACAAGUUCUUGCUCCAGCACGGCACAGAUGAGAAACGAGCGGAUGUUAUCAACAAGUGUAUCUUGAACGAGCCUCGCCAUGGCGAACAUUGGCAGACGAUUGCCAAGCAGCCCAUCAACGCGAGGAAGGGGACCGAGGAAAUCUUGAAGUUGGUUGCUGACGUCUUGGAGAAAUGA